AUGGGCCAACAACCUUCAAGUAGUGAAGAUAAUAAGGUAUCAGUUUCUGAAGUUGAUGACGAAGACAAGGAUAAGAUAAUGAAUAUAUUGGGAAAUGAAAAUUCAGUCCUUCAAUCGAACGAACAAAAUGAGAGAAAAAGAAAGAGGCAGGUAUUUGUAUUUUACUACAGGAAAGGUAAGAGACCCAAAAUAGAUCAGCCAACUGAGGAUGACGAGGAUGAGGGGGACUAUGAGGAUGAGAACGACGAAGAAAUUAAUGAUGAAGGAGAAGGAGGGGAUGGAGUAG